AUGAAUGGCGUCCGGACGAGUUACCUCGUCCGCUGGCGUGGGUAUCCACCAGCCUGGGACAGCUGGCAGCCUCGUGCCCAGCUUAUUGUUGAUGUUCCGGGUCUCGUCGAGAAACAUGACGAGACCCACCCGCUGCGUUCGAAGAAGGGCCGUCGGAAAAUGACCUCCCCGAACGCGAGUACAGGAAUUGCAAGGUAUCAAUCCCUUCGGCCAUUAUAG